GCUGAAGCUGUUCCUGUUCCUGGAGGGGCGGGAGGGGGGCGUCAGAGUAGGCUGCACCGGCACCGGCGUCUGUGCUCUCCGCCUGGGCAACCAGAAAACGAAAAGGCUCCCGCCGACUCCGCUACAUGGCAGGGAACUUCUGGCAGAGCUCGCAUUACUUACAAUGGAUUUUGGAUAAGCAAGAUCUGUUGAAGGAACGCCAGAAGGACUUAAAAUUUUUGGCAGAAGAAGAAUAUUGGAAGCUGCAGAUAUUUUUUACAAAUGUUAUCCAGGCCUUAGGUGAACAUUUGAAAUUAAGACAACAAGUUAUUGCCACAGCCACUGUCUACUUCAAAAGGUUCUAUGCCAGAUAUUCCCUAAAAAGUAUAGAUCCGGUACUAAUGGCUCCUACGUGUGUGUUUUUGGCAUCCAAAGUAGAGGAAUUUGGUGUGGUCUCAAAUACAAGGUUGAUAUCUGCUGCUACUUCUGUAUUGAAAACUAGGUUUUCGUAUGCCUUUCCGAAGGAAUUUCCUUAUAGGAUGAACCAUAUACUAGAAUGUGAAUUCUAUCUCUUAGAAUUAAUGGACUGCUGUUUGAUAGUAUACCACCCCUAUAGACCUCUACUUCAGUAUGUGCAAGAUAUGGGCCAAGAAGAUAUGCUGCUACCCCUUGCCUGGAGGAUAGUGAAUGACACAUAUAGAACAGAUCUUUGUCUGCUGUACCCUCCUUUCAUGAUAGCUCUAGCUUGUCUACAUGUGGCUUGUGUUGUCCAGCAAAAGGAUGCUAGACAGUGGUUUGCUGAGCUCUCUGUUGAUAUGGAGAAGAUUUUAGAAAUAAUCAGGGUUAUCUUGAAACUGUAUGAACAAUGGAAGAACUUUGAUGAAAGGAAAGAAAUGGCUACUAUUCUAAGUAAGAUGCCUAAACCAAAACCACCUCCAAACAGUGAAGGCGACCAAGGUCCAAAUGGAAGUCAGAAUUCUAGCUACAGCCAGUCUUAAGUCAUUCCAAAGAAACUCAUUGUGGACCACUUUGGAUUAUGUCAUGAUGGAUUUUUUCUUGUGUGGAAGACAUGAACACAAGGUUUCAAUAAUGUAUUUUCAGAAAGAACUUGAAUAAUGUUUCUGUCAAGCAUACUGAAAAAUUUCCCAUAAAUACACACCCAUUUGAAUUGUGGCACUAACACAUUUAAUACCACUUCUCAGUCUCCGAACAAGUCAAAAGCCUGGAUAAAGCUAGAAAAAACAUGAUUAACUUCAAUAUGGACAGCAUUCAACACUUUCGUCAUUGUUUUUUUAAAAAGUGAAUAGUUAAAGAAACUGUUAACACGAAGCUGGAUGAGUAACUGGAUCUUCUUGCCCCCAUACCAGUUUGACCACAGGAGGUGGCUUGAAAUGUUGGAUUUGAAAUCCUAAUUGACCAGGUAUAUACUCCAAAUGCUAGUGAAUAUUGUACAAGUAGGAAAAUGCACUUCUUCAGUAAAUUCUUGAAAAGAAAAGACUCCUUAAACAAAGAGUUAGAAAUUGAAUCUGAAAUUUAACAAGGUAGUCUUAGUCUGUACCUAUAAUUUGCUAGCAGAAAUUGAAAUCCAGUACCCCAAAAGUGCAAUAUGUAUAAUGCAAAUUGUGGCUGUUGUAGGGAGGAAAAUUUCAACCUUUACAAGUGCUAAACUAUUAAGUCAAAUUCUGCAAUCCAAUCAAGUUGAAUAAUCUAACCUAUUUGAGGUAAUGGUGGAUUGGAUGUGUUGUGUGCUGUAGAAGUUAGCUUGCCUUCAUUGUUACCAAUCAUUCAUCGUAACAGAGGCCUUUUAAGGAAGCAGCAAGUAUUCAGAUGAAAAUAAAACUUACUCCACAGGAAACUAUUUAUUAAUUACUGUAAAAAUUUAACUAGAGAGGCUUAAUUUUUUUUAAAACCACAGGGUCAUAUCCUGCGCUCUUUACUCAGGCAGACCUUCCACUGAAAAUGGGAUUUGGUUCAAAGCCUUUAGAUUUUAAUGAACAUUAUGCACACACAAUUUCAUAAUGAAAUAAAUGUCUGUUAUCCUAAAACAAAAUCAAAUAAAAAUAACUACUGUCUUAGGUAUUUUUUCAUCCCAGAGAACAACUUUAAACUGGUACAAAACCAGAGGAAUGUUGGUUUAAGAAUCUUGUCACUUGGUGCUUGUUCUAAAACUUGAUUUUUAAAAAAGCAGCAGUGCCUGCUUCUACUUGAUCUGUCCUUCAAUUAAGUGUAACCAAAGUGUUUUUGUAUGCAAGUGAUUGGGCUCUUUGCACUUAACUGUAAGUUAUUUUUAUAAAGCGUGUUUGGAUACUGACUUACGAAAACACUUCUGUGAGAAGUGACGUGUUUCUGGCCUUUUCAUACUCUCCUUAUUUGUUCUGCUUAUUUUGUUGUCUUUUUCCACACCCGUGCUAACAUGAUUGGUUGAAGACAUCUUGUCCUUAGCCAUAUGGAAAUUACUUUUGUUCCCUUGAGGCUUUAAACUUUAUUUGUAAUAUGAACUAGCUGGGUAGGAAUAAAAACAAAUGCAAAUUGA